CCGGCUGCCCAUCGGAUAGUCACAGCUCACAGCUCACCAACCACAUCAACUUGGCUGCGAACGCCCAUGCAUGCUCGUGCUCGAUCUGCCUGCCCCUCGCUGCAUGCCCAUGGCAGGCUUCUUCGUCCCUGCCUCGCUCUCGAUCGGCGCAGCGCGUCUCCUCUGAUUGCCAGCUGGCUGCCUGCCUUUGGAAGCUGAGGCCGCGACAGUUGAGACGUGUGACGUUUGAUAUAGCGCUAGCCUAGCUAGCCUGGUCGAUCUCCAACCACCUGCAUUCACUCACGCACACAUGCAUUCACUCACGCACACAUGCAGCCUGCUAGCUUUCUCCACUGGCCAGUGCCCACUCACGCACACAUGAUCCGUCGGGCUCCCGCUUAUAUAAAGCGUGCGGCGUCCUUCGCUCCGAGCAUCACAGCAGCAGCAACAGAUUACAGAUCAAUUCACUUAGCUUCCAUUCGGUGUCUCAUGGGGAGGGCAGCGAGGCGUGUGCGGGCAAUGGCGCUCGCGGUAUUGGCCAUGGCGCUGGUUCUCGGGGCGGCCGUGGAGGCGCGGUUCCUUGAGACCCAGAAAUUGGGUGGUGGCGGCGGCUUCGGCGGAGGCGCCGGUUUUGGCGGUGGUGCUGGACUCGGUGGAGGUGCUGGGCUCGGUGGAGGAGGUGGUACGGGUGGUGGGAUUGGUGGAGGGCUUGGCCAUGGUGGAGGGCUUGGCGGUGGGUUUGGAGGUGGGAAGGGUGGAGGUCUUGGAGGAGGAGGUGGGUUUGGUGGUGGUGGCGGAGCAGGUGGAGGGCUUGGCCACGGUGGUGGCCUUGGAGGUGGCGGGGGUCUUGGAAGUGGAGGUGGUCUAGGCGGCGGAGGCGGAGGCGGUCUUGGUGGGGGUGCCGGCGCAGGUGGUGGUGCCGGAGGAGGGCUUGGACAUGGUGGUGGCCUUGGAGGUGGCGGGGGUCUUGGUAGUGGUGGUGGCCUAGGCGGUGGAGCAGGUGGUGGUUUGGGUGGUGGAGGCGGACGUGGUCUUGGUGGGGGUGCCGGCGCAGGUGGUGGUGCUGGAGGUGGUCUCGGUGGUGGUGCAGGAGGAGGGCUUGGAGGUGGUGCUGGAGGUGGCCUAGGUGGAGGGGGCGGCCUUGGUGGCGGUGCAGGUGGUGGGCUAGGCGGUGGAGCUGGAAGUGGCCUUGGUGGUGGUGCUGGCUCUGGAGUAGGUGGUGGAUUCGGAGGAGGUAAAGGUUUUGGCGGAGGCCUUGGUGGAGGUAGCGGUGGGGGGCUCGGCGCUGGUAGUGGAGCAGGAGGCGGUGCCGGGGGAGGUUUUGGCGGUGGUGCCGGAGGUGGCGGUGGCCUUGGUGGUGGCUCUGGAGUAGGUGGCGGAUUUGGGGGAGGCAAAGGUUUUGGUGGAGGCCUUGGUGGAGGUAGCGGUGGUGGGUUUGGCGCUGGUGGCGGAGCAGGAGGCGGUGCUGGGGGAGGGUUUGGUGGUGGUGCCGGUGGAGGGUUCGGUGGAGGUGCAGGAGGAGGCGCUGGCUUGGGUGGUGGAGGUGGUGGAGGUUUCGGCGGUGGUGCUGGUAGUGGCAACUGAUGAGAGGUGUAUGCAUCAAUUCAUCGGGCCUUAAAAGAGGAAUGUGAUGCAGAUAUAUACUAAGUAUAUAUGAUUGAAUAUUAUGCUUGUAUGUUUAAUGAACUCUACAGUUUUUGUUGUUGUGUGCUUACAAUUACUUAAUCAUCUUCUUCGUAAAGGAAUAAAGACAUUGAGGAGUUACGUUUGCAAUGAUCA